CUUUCCAAGUGACCACAACGACGUCAACUGACAACAACUGAGACGGAGAGGCUCACUGGCUCAGCAGUCAGUAAACAUGGCUGCAAUGGCGAAACCAAGCCUGCUUAACCCCCUCCGUUCCCACCUCAAUGAGCUUCCUCUUAUAGAUUCGACCUCGAUCCGCACUAAUCUCAGAGAAUUUCGGUUCUCUCACUUCAAUGUCACUCUAAAGCACGCAAGAAAUGCGUCCGUUCUUCCUGUGAUAAGAGCCCAGAGUUCUCCUGAUUAUGUACCAGACUCCAAAUUUUACAAAGUGGAAGCGAUUCUGAGGCCAUGGCGAGUUUCGCAGGUUUCUUCGGCUCUGUUGAAAAUUGGUAUUCGUGGGGUUACAGUAUCUGAUGUUCGAGGCUUUGGUGCUCAAGGUGGCUCAACAGAGAGGCAUGGUGGCUCCGAAUUUACUGAAGACAAUUUUGUCGCUAAGGUUAAAAUGGAGAUUGUAGUGAGCAAAGACCAGGUUGAAGCAGUAGUAGACAAGAUCAUUGAGGCAGCCAAGACCGGAGAAAUUGGUGAUGGCAAGAUUUUUGUGGUACCAGUCUCAGAUGUAAUAAGAAUUCGCACCGGGGAGCGUGGAGAGAGGGCGGAGAAGAUGACAGGUGGGUGGUCUGACCAGUCAUCUGCUGCUGCUUGAGCUGCAUUAUCCGUUUGGGUUCAACUGAGUGAGAUACGCCACUUUAUGAGCUCUACUCUAAUCAACCCCCGUCCAAUCUCCCAUGUCCAUUAGAUCUUAAAGUCUAGUGCUUUUAUUUUGCUAGUGUUAUGUGAUGAUAUAAGACAAAAAUAAGGUGUAAUACUAGUCAUGUAGCUUCUCACUUUUAAGAAGGUAACAGGUAGAAAAUAAUUUGGUAGUUAUUUCCCCCAUUAUUUUUGAAAUUGAAGUAGUCAGCUUAUGGGGAAACUCAAAUGUAGCAAUGAAGAAGAAUGUUAAACAAAAAUGGGUAAAUUUCAUCAAUUCUUGUCAAAAUUUUGCAAUGCAUCUCA